AUGACGAGCCAGCAAACGAAGGCUCCCCUCUCCGCCACCCUCCCGCCCCUCAUCUUCGGCACCGCCACCUUCAACUUCCAGUAUAACAAGGACCCCUACGAGCUCGACACGACAGGGCUUGUCCAGCGCGCCCUCGAGUGCGGUAUCCGCGCGUUCGACACUUCGCCGUACUAUGGACCGUCUGAGGAGCUCUUAGGCGAGGCGCUAGACACGGAGUUUGUUCACGAUAAUGUCCCGCGGGACGAGUACUUCCUCAUCACGAAGGUGGGACGUAUAAGAGGCGAUGAGUUCGAUUACUCGGCUGAGUGGGUCAGGCAGAGUAUCGCGCGGAGUUUGCAGCGGUUGAAGACGAGUUAUCUGGAUCUGGUGUACUGUCACGAUGUGGAGUUUGUGUCUGAGGAGGAGGUGCUGGAGGCUGUGAGGGAAUUGCGACGGAUACGGGACGAGGAGGGCACGAUCAAGUAUAUUGGGAUUUCGGGCUACCCGCUACCAGUCCUCUGCUCGCUCGCGCAUCGGGUGCUAGCGGAGACUGGCGAGCCGUUGGACGCGGUUAUGUCUUAUGCGAACUUCACGAUUCAGAAUACUUUGUUGGCUACGCGGGGUAUCAAGGAGCUCAAGGCGGCGGGGGUGGACGUUGUGCCGAACGCCUCUCCACUGGGUAUGGGGCUACUGCGAAGAGAGGGUGUGCCGAUAGGAAGCAUGGGCAAUUGGCAUCCUGCUAAGAACGAGCUCAGAGCGGCUGUCAAGCGCGCGAGCGACUUCUGCGAUCGCUAUGAUGAUAAGUUGGAGGUGGUAGCUAUCCGCUACGCCCUCGAGCAAUGGACACGCCUCGGAGCCUCAGUCGGCUCGCGCGGCGAUCCCGCAUCAGGCGUCCCCUGGCAACGCGAAUCCAACUCCCAAGUCGGCGGCACCCGUCUCGGCGUCAGCGUCAUGGGUGUCUCGAAAGCCAGCGAGCUAGAAAAAACCAUGCAAGUCUGGCGCUCCAUCCUCGACGGACUCGAGAAUGGCGAGGAGACGGCUAGAAGAGCGGGAAGAUGGAAGAGGGAUCACGAGUGGAGUUUGAAUCGGCAGAAGGCGGUGCAGAUCCUGGCCGAUGGGAUCCAGGAGCAUUUGGAUGUGUAUGUGGAUUUCGAGUGGGAUUCGCCGCCUAAGGGGUAUGUUAACGCGAAGGCGAGGGAGGCGGAGGGCGGGAAACUUCAGCAGUUGGCGACGCCGGAUGAGGCUUGGUUGACUCCCGCGGCGAGUCCGCAGCCGGAGGAGGUGCCGUUUCCUGAUGAGGCUGCUUUGCCGGUGCGGUAG